AACAUACUGCGCAGUUACAUGUCAUGUGAUCACGGAACUAACUUACGACCGGGUACGUUUGUGUAGCAAAUGGCGCAUAAACUGUCAUUGUUCACGUAGCUAAGUGGAUCUCUGGGCCCAGUUGUUAUAACGUAUACACGUACGGUUGUGAUAUAAGAACAUUCGCACGUAACAACGCCGUGGACAUCUAUAGACGGAACCUUCCACGUCUAGCUGGUCGGUGACUCCCAUUUUGUCCCAUUAUCCAGACACGUCUUUGAACAACAUGAAAAGAGCUGCGAUGACCCAAGUGAAAGAGGUGACGAUUCUUCUUGAAGACUAUGGACACCGGCAUUCAUUGGCCAAGAAGAAUAAGAGCCUUCCAGAAAACACUAUCAAAAUGAUUGAGAAGAUUUCUCUGGGUUUAGCUGUGAACACCGAAGAAGAAAAAAAACUUGACAGGAGACAGUUAAACAUAUCGUUCAGUGUCACGAAUUCUUUUGACACGAAAAGACAGCAGUCACUUGACGAUAUUCGACAGAUUCUUGAAAACGCAACACAGUCCAAAGACAGGUUCAUGGAAAUCAAGUUUGUGAUAAUGUGUAUCAUCGUUUCCAUUGACAUCAAACCCCCUAGUACGGCGUUCGAGCCUACUGCCCUGUGUUUGGCGGAGCGAGUAAGAGCAUUCCUGUUGCGCGACAAGAUCACUCUUUCCGACGAGACGGAAACACGUCUGCAUGUAAACAGGGACUCCAUUUCCAUCACCCUCAAAGACCAUCCAGACGAUGGUUUACCCAUUGUUGGUAUCGGACAGGCUGCCUUCGCAUUCCAGGUUGGGGAUAUUGUGAUUCUCCAAGGCACGGUGAUAUCUGUUCCGACAGUGACGUCAAUCCAAUGGUUCAAAAUUGAAGACGAUGGUACGGAAAGGAUGCUUCCUAUCGAUAACAAGAAGUACCUCGGCGGCAGUCGGGAAUCUCCGUCUCUCGUAAUCGCAAACUCGAAAAAGGCAGAUGAAGGAGUGUACAUGCUUGAGGCUACAAAUGUGAACGGGACAGCUAGGAGCACCAACUCCCAAUUGAUUAUGUUAAGUACUGGUGAGGAAGUUGAGGCCUCGGAUAGCGAGGAUGAUGGCGACACUGACAGCGCAGACUCUGGCAAUACGACCAAUGAAAAUGCAAAUCCUGUCAAUACAAACAAUAAUGAUACAAACGAUACCGACACAAGCAGCGUCGACUCAGACACAGACGUUGCAAACACGACCACCAUCACAAGCAGCACAACCCAGAAUGGAAACGCCUCACAUAAUGAAACACACUUAUCGUCUGUUUCAAGAGUCAACCCGACACAGAACGGAGUAACGUCAUCCUCAAGAGAAGACGACAGGAACACAAUAACAGCUAUUGUAAACCAGGCCGCGCACACAAUCGGUGAACAGUCGGGGAAUCUGGGGACGUCAUUGGUCUCUUCCGACGUAGACUCGUCCUUCAGUCGCGUGCGGGCAGAGUAUGGGUCUGAAGCAGCCGAGGCGGUCGAUACGAGUGAUGAGGAUCAAGAAGAGAUACCGGGGUUGGCUAAGACAAAGGAGGUCGAAGGUCAACCAGGGUCAACAACGAGAGACUCUGAUGAUUGUUCUCGAUAAACUGAUGUAAGACGAAAAUUCUAAUGCAGGAUCCAAUCACAGUGACGUCACAUAAAAUACUCAUGUUAUAUUGACGUGGUGUGGGGUAUCUAACCAUGGUUCUGCUAGUGUGUUUAUCACAAAUACUGGCAAAGGAAUGUGCUAAGAAAGUCCGAGACAGGAUCCUGUAUGAUUACAUCAGAUGUAUGACGUCAGACAAAUUGGAAUAGUAUAACUUUGCUUUGCACUUUUUCUUAGGUUUUUCAGAGCUUACUUCCGUAUCCAAUAUCAACCUAACAAAUUGCAUUUCUGUGAUUGUUUUGGGUGUUUUUAUAGCUAUACAGCUGGGAGUCGUCAUGAUUGAGAACUGCGAUUGUUUUUUUUUUAUAACAUAUAUCUCCGUAAAACUCGUAAAAGGUGAACUUGUAUAAUACCAAUGUGUCUUUUUGAAAUAUUCCAUUGCAUCUUAACAUGUAAUCUCAACUUAUUUUUUCGCAGUCCAUUAUUUGCUUAGAUAUAGUAUAAAGGUCGAUCUCGCGGAUUUUUUUUUUUUUGGUAAAGUUUUUGUUUAGUAGCACAGACGGAGUAAAUUUUUAUUAAUUCGAAGAUUGUAUUUUUUUUGCGGAAAAAUCGAUACCACGAAAUCGUGAAAAUUAAAAUCCUGCGAAAACAACCUUUAUAGUAUUUGUUUCUUAUUUAAUAUAUUUUAUAUAGCAAUUAUUCUGUAAUUUUUUGUAUUGCAUAAUAUAAUAUCCGUCAUUCAAUACAUUUCAAUUCAGUAAAAUAAUCACUACAGGUUUUUAAAUCUUUUCAAAAACCCGUCCUUAUAUGACCCAGCUUGUUGAGAGGAACAAACACAACUUAAAAAAAUGAUCUGAAGCCGAUUGAGGAGGUCAAACAAAUUAAACAUUUACCUGCUAUAAGGCCAAUUCUUCUGUUUUGGGCCUAUCAUAAGUACAAAUGAUCAAAAAGAUUCAAAUCUUAAUUGUUCUGGAAUGUUCCUAUGUACCUCUAUUCCGUCUUUGCGUAUUGCAGAGUUAUUUUCUCUUGUAAGCAGGUUGUGAUUGUUUCGUAAUUUAUUUGUGAGAGUAACAUCAUCAAAUUUUGAGAAAACGACAUAAUUUUCUCAUAGAAACCAAUGAAGUAACAAUCAAUACCUGCUCACAAGAGAAGAUAACUCUGCAAUACGCAAAGACGGAGAUAACAAAUGAACAAUGUUUUAUCUACAGCAGAUUAUUUAUUGUUUUCAAUCUCGUAUAGAAUAUAAACUGCUACAGUAUAAAACAUCCAGUUACAGGGUAUGGUUACUAUAGAGGAAGGAGGUUACUGUUCGGCACCUUGUGACUUAAAAAUAUGUUUAUCAUGUCAAUGAAAAAGCGAAAGAAAGUCUACAUGCUACACGUUUAUACAUUUAUUCAAGAGGAUGUAGGCGAUCAAUAAAUAAAGAGGAAUUUGGUUAUAGAAAUAGAUUCUUAUACGAGAAUUAAACUACGCAUUUAAACAGGUAAACGACUUCUACUUCAUUGACGGUAAUUGCAAAAUAAUUCCAGUCAAAAUGAAGAAAAAAAUAUAUCAGGUCCUCAAAGUAAGAUUUUAAGUUAUUACAACCAAGCCGCAAGGUACAUCAAUGACCAUAUUAAAAAAAACGUUGUUAUUGAUUUACAAGUGUAAAUAUAUUUUAUUAUUGUAGUAUAUAUCUGUUUAUAGUAUGUAGGUGGAAAUAUAAUAGACAUGUUUUAUACGACAUGUUGUAAAGUCAACUACUGCAAGGAUACACUUUCGGUUUACCCACUGGACGGCUUCUUCCGGACGAAAAAUAUUAAGGGCAAUGUUUUGCAAGGGGAAGCAACUCUAGUUACGCACACGUGUGCUGCCAUUAAAAAGCUUCGUUCUUAUAAAAAAGGACAUUGAAAAAAAGCAAAAGUAAUCAGCUGUCCCCAUUACAAUACCUGUAAUUCUCUGUCUAUUCCACGUUGUUUCCCUAGGCACCGUCUUCAAUAACCAUGGUUAUUGCUAGGACGUUAAACUCCAAACAAAUACUUUAUUUAUCGUUUGAUAAUUUAUUUAAGCCAUGAACUGAUGCAAUGUUGAAAAGGGUUCAUAUGAUACCUUUGUUAAUAAUGUUUUUUUUAUGAUAUGAGAUGUAUUUAAAUGUUAUUUGAGUAAGCUGAUGAUAUACGGAGAAUAUAUUCAUGUUUUCUAUUUAACGUAUACUAACAUGUAAUAUAACCUAAUAUUCCAGAUUAGAAUAUAUUUUGAUGUCACAAUGGAUAUAUAGAUAUUUAGGCAUAAUGGCGGAAAUUAAUAGUUCUGAAGUGACAGUGGAAACGUGUUUUUCGUAAUAUUCUCAAAACCUCAUAAUCAUAUGAUAAAAAGAACCUUGAAUUAUUUCAUUUAAUUUGAAAUUUAUCAAAAUUACUAUUUUACGCAAUCAUCAUAAAGAAGAAAUACAUAGUGUUUUUUGAAAGAGCUACAUGACUAAAAUCUGAAACAUUAAUUUACAACAACACUAUAAUCUUGUUUAAAAAAUAUAUUGUAAAGUGUUAUUGGGAAAAGGACUAAUAUCAGUUGGGUAACUUGUGCUUAAUCCUUUUGUAUAUUUGAUGCAAUUAAAAAAGAGUUUAAAACCAAAAAUUAAAACAUUAUUAACUGUUGGAGGGUUUUGUGAUUAGUAUUCAAAUAACGUUAGCAAAAUAAUAGUCCAAAUGUCACUUCCUCAUAGUUCUUAAGAUCAGUUUUAUUUAUUUUAAAACAAUGUUGAAACAUGUUUUUUUUUUUUUUUUUUUUAUAAUCACUCUUGUUGGCCCGGAUGUCAGAGCGCGGGAGGAAACCGGAGUAUCCGGAGGAUACCCACGUGGUCGGUUGGAUGAACUCAUACUUUUUCACGUCUAAUCGGGAAAUCGAAUCCAGGUUGUCUUGGUGAAAAGCCAGUGCGGUUUUCACUGUGCCACCCGACCAUCAUAGUUUUAAUAGUUUAACAUAGUAGCAUUCUAAUUUGUUUUGCUAAUCACGUUGUAUAGUGUAUCGGUCAACAUGUAUAACAUGUUUCUUUAUAAAAGGUUGUUUGUUUGCUAUUAUUUACAUUUGAAAUAAAAUAUUCAGACCGUUA